UCCUCUCUCUCGGAUAAAAUGAACAACAAAAAUGGGUUCUUAAGGUUACGAUGUGGGAAAACAGUUUCUUCUUUCUUUAUUAUUAUCAUUAUUAUUCAGACUCUGUUUCUCCCAUCUCUGGUUCUAGGACAAUGCAACUCCACCGACGCCAACGCCGGUCCACCCCACGACAGAAAAGACUCCUUGAAGUACAAGAUCGGAGGAAUCGCCUCCAUCCUGACGGCGGGAGCCAUCGGAAUCAGCUUACCCUUGGUCGGAAGAAAAUUCCACGCCCUCAGUCCAGAAAGCGAUAUAUUCUUCAUGAUUAAAGCAUUCGCCGCCGGUGUGAUUCUAGCUACAGCUUUCAUUCACAUACUUCCGGCUGCAUUCGACGGGUUAGGAUCACCUUGUCUGAAGGAAAACCCCUGGAGAGAUUUUCCAUUCGCCGGACUUGUCGCCAUGAUGGCAUCCAUAGGGACUUUGAUGGUUGAUUCGUUGGCUACUGGUUUUUAUAAGAGAAUACAUGGAAAGAAGAAAACCCAACAGGUGGAUACAAUUGGAGAUGAGGAGGGCGCCGUCGCCGGCGCCGGCACCACUCAUGUUCAUGUUCAUGGGGCCAUGGAAGCUCAUGAAUCUAAGAUUACCCGUCUUCGAAUUAUAUCACAGGUAUUGGAAGUGGGUAUUAUAGUUCAUUCUCUGAUCAUUGGUAUAUCUCUUGGAGCUUCGGGCAAACCCGGUGUGAUAAAAUCACUUCUGGCGGCUCUGUCUUUCCAUCAGUUCUUCGAAGGAAUGGGACUAGGCGCUUGCAUCUCCCAGGCGAGAUUCAGGCAUGUGUCGACGGCGGGGAUGGCGGUGUUCUUUUCUUUGACAACGCCAAUAGGAAUUGGUGUGGGAAUUGGAGUAUCGAGCGUUUAUAGCGAAGGAAGCUCGACGGCUCUGAUUGUUGAGGGGAUAUUUGAAUCAGCGUCGGCGGGGAUCUUGAUCUAUAUGGCUUUGGUUGAUCUAUUGGCAGCAGAUUUUAUGGACCCGAGGCUUCAGAACAAUGUAAGGCUUCAGCUUGGGGCUAAUCUAUCUCUUAUACUUGGAGCUGGUUGCAUGUCUGCUUUGGCUAAGUGGGUUUAGCCUUUUAUCUAAUCAAACCGCCGCCGUACUGAGAUAUUUCAAGUUCAUGGAAAGUAGAAUGUAUUUAUCUAGAGGAUACGGUUAGACCUUAGAAGGAUAAACAGGGGAGGAGACCAAAUUAAGUAACUUUUAUUAGAAAAUUUGAUGACCCAA